UCCCUGGCACCAGAGAUUGUUGAGGAUCCUAAGAACCAAACUGUUGACGCUGGUUUCAACGCAACCUUUGACUGCGCCGCCAAAGGUCAUCCCAUGCCGUCUAUCACAUGGAUAAAGAACGAUGACACACUUGCUGUACAAUCUUACAACCGGAAUAGAGUAGCUGAGAUUUUCCUCGACGACGAGCAAAUUCAUAGCCAGCUGGUAAUAAAGGGUGUAAAGAGGGAAGAUAAUGGAAAAUAUUACUGCUUUGCAAAUAACAGCGCGGGAGAAAAAGCAUCAAAGUCGGCAUUCUUGUCCACAAAGGAUCUAGGUGAGACAAAUGCUCUAUGUUUC